GGAAGUGCAUCAGUAGACACCGAGGAAGAAGAACACGUACGAGGAAGCCAAGCUGACGCAUGAAACCGGCAAAUGUUGUCGGACUAAACACUGGAUGAAAAAAAAAACUCAAUUAUACUUUAGUUUAUUUUAUUUUGAAAGGCGUUCAAUCAGCUGUUCGUGUCCAGGCUUUGACGCAGAGAGUCAAAAUAAAACGUUCACUAGCAGAUCCAGCCAUGCCGCUCCAGUUUGUGUACAGCAGAAAGGACUUUGUAACAGAUGUGCAUCGGAGCAGUGAAAAUGGUCUUGAGAUGGCACAACCACCAGUAGAGUUUGAUACAACCAUCCAAACCGGCUGGACAAGCCGGAUGGACAAGGGACUCUUCCGUUACCAUCUUGGUGAUUUACAAACUCGUAUCCUGCCAGGCCAACAUGGCUAUGUCGCUCAGCUGAAUAUCCAGAGAGGAAAAGAACGAAGAAAGCCUCAGGAGAUACUGAGCAUUCAGCAGGAGUUCAAUGCCAAACAGUUUAAUUUUAACAAAAUCAAUCCAGAAGAAAUCAUAUUUGAGAUGAUAAAGGACUGUGAGGGAGGGAAUGAAAAUGGGCAGUUGCAUGAACCCUGCCAGAUGGUUGUGCUGGUCAAUGUCAGCCCUUUGGAGUUUGGACAUUGUCUCUUUGUUCCAGAUCCUUCACACUGUUUCCCACAGGUCCUGACAAGGUUCGCCAUCCAGGCUGGUAUUGAAUCUGUGCUCCUGAGCUCUGAUCCUGGCUUCCGUGUGGGGUUUAACAGUCUUGGAGCAUUUGCGUCCGUUAAUCACUUACACCUGCAUGGAUAUUACCUGAAUCAUGAGCUCACGAUAGAAUCAAUGCCGGUCAAGCUGUUGGUUCCUGAAAAGGGGUUUUAUCGCAUGUUGGACUUUCCUGGAGGCUUUUUGUUUUACACAGAAUCAGAGCAGGUAGAGAAAGUAGCCAGAGCCAUCUGUCGAGUCACAGACUUUCUUGUGAAUGGGAACGUUGCUCACAACCUGUUCUUUACUAGAGGAUGUCCGCCCUGUGAUCGCAUACAGAAAGAAGAAGAUCACCGCUCAAGAAGAGGUGUUCGUAUCGCUGUUUGGCCAAGAAUAUCUUGCUUUGGUGCCAAGGAGGAGUCUGCCUUUAAUGUUGCUCUUUGUGAGCUGGCUGGACAUUUACCAUUUAAGAACAAGAAGGACUAUGACGAUACCACUGAGAAAGAUGUAAAAGAUAUCAUCCAGAGGUAUCUUCUGUCUGAUGCAGAGUUUGACACAUUGGAACAGCAGCUGACUCGUAAUUUCAUGGAUUUCUAAUGCAUCAUCAUCAAAGACUUGUUAAUUCCUGUGCUGGAGUUCAACUUAUUAGAUGAUCAGUUAAGAAAAUAAGCUACUACUGGAUUAUGCUAUACUUUGAAUGUCCUUUCCGGUAUCCACAACAACAGAUGCACACAAAAAUACCAAAUGUAUUUAUGUAAAUGUAACAUAUUUAAUGAUGGGUUGUGUUUAAACUGGUUUCAAAUAAAAUGCCAAAAAACAUACAAUUUGUUUUGAGGUCCAAUUCUCAAGUUUCAUGCUGAUUUCAUGUUUGUAGUUCUUUAAAAAAAAAAAAGGGAAAAAAAGUGAAACAAAAUGUGUUAUUUUCAGGUGGGACACGGGAUCAAAUGUGGAAUCAUUCAACAGAAGUGUUGUGUAAACAGAGAAUUGCUGCUGAUGCUGACAACAGUGUGUGUGGGCUUUAGCAUUGGAGCUGAGCGGCAACCUUCGCUGCUGGGAAAUGAAGCCCAUGAGGAGGCACUAAAAACUGUAAUUCCCUGAGCAGCCACUUGAGACAGACUGCAGAAGUUAGUUAAUCUCAGUAAGCACCUGUGGUGAAAUGUCCAACUUUGCAGCAGAAAUA